UCAACAACGCAGGCGCUCGUCUGUGGGUUGCAAACAUGAGUUUGCAACUGUCAGCGUCUGAGUCCGCCACGGACGCGUUCGCAUCCGUGGCGGACUCAGAAGCUGGAAGACUGCGGCGGUCCUGCGCCGCAGUGCCAAUUCGAGCGAUGGCGAUGGCGUUGAAGCUCUCGAAGAGAGCUUGCACUAAACACAAAACAUAAACUUGCGAGUGCGAGACGGGAUGGAGGGUUGGACGGCAAGAAGACUGAUAGCGGAGAGCGCAAUGACUGAUAGUGGGAGCUCGGGCGCCUGGAGCCCGCUGUCGUUCGUGAUGUCGGAGGAGGCUCGACAGCGGCUGCUGGCGAUGCUAGUGCUCCAGAAGGUGCGCGACCCCCGUACUUUGGCGGCGUGCACUUGCGUGAGCAAGGAGUGGAGAGAGGAGGCGAGCGACGAGAAGCUGUGGAGGAGGUUCUGCGAAUCGCAGUGGCCGUCGCUGAAGUCCUCCGUGGGGAGGAAGCUCGCGCUCCAGCGCGGGUACUAUUCUUUCUUUGCGAGAAGAAUGAAUCUGGACCUGAACCGAGCCGAGUUUGCGCUUCCUCCCAAGCUCGGAGCACUCCACAUGGAGGACCUCAUAUUUUUCAUGGAUGUCGUGCACGAGAAGGACAAUAUCUUCUCGAUGGUCGUGGAGGGCCAGAACGUGUCGGCCGUGCCUAGCACUGUGCUGAACGCUAGCAUUGAGGACGUGUUUCGUUUCUGUGCGCCGUAUUCCGAGAACGCCGAGGCGGUGGUCGUCCCCGAGUCCGGGAAUGCUCAGAGGAUUUGGACCAAGGCCCAAAUCUGCAACUUCGAAGUCACUUGGUCCGUGAUGGAGAAGAACACGCUCAAGUCCAUUAAGCUCGUGCACACCAAGCGGGGCCGCAUGGUCGGCAGCUCUUGCCUUUUCGAGUCAUGUCUCCCGUUUCUUUCGUGCUUCUGCUCGGUGCUGCUCUACGAUGCCGCUCUUCCCUCGGCGUGUCCGAUCGCCGCGGAGGUCACCAUUCAGUUUUCUGAAUGCGAUGCUGGGCUCUUUCGCUGGUCAGGCGUCACCAUGGGCACCCUGGUGACCCACGCGCUGAGGUAUCAGGCCAAGGAUCAAGCUCUGAUUUAUCUGGAGUAUCAUUUCUCCAUGUCCGAGUCGUUGUCGAUGUGUCAAUACAAUUACAAUUUUCAACGCGGGCUCCGACGGGAGUCUUGAGUCUUGGUGGUGGAAGACCAUCGUCGCCUUCAAGAGGAGGCUUCAAGAAGAGCCGAUGAUCAUCGACACUCCUCUCCUCCUAGUUGAAAUUCUGUGCGGUGGUGGAAAUUCUCCGUCUUCGAAGCAUGGAGGUAGUCCUCCACGUCUUCGAAGCAUGGAGGUAGUCCUCCACGUCCUGAGAAUGUUAGAACGAGUGAGAUAUAUUCGAACAGAGUUCGGGGGAGAACGAAUGUGGAACUGAUCUUUCAUACCAGUUUCACAUUCGUUUGCAAUCUCUCUCUCCCGACCUUCGACAGCCGCCACUUUCUCUCCUGGAGUUCAAAGGAAAGGACGUGCGAAUGAGAGUGUAAGACGAUGGCAGCCUAGGCUAAAUCAAAGCAGAGAGUGGGCGAAGCAGAGAGUGGGCAGAAAAAAUCCGAUGUAAAAACUUCUCAUGUUUGUAGGACUUGUAUAUAUUCAAACUGAUCAAAACAUAAAUGUCUGAGUUUCCGAUGUUACAC